CACCGUACAGGCAUAUGGCUCCCUUGGCUCAUUAGAUAACGAAGCGUUCGGGUGUGGUGGAAAUACAAAAAAAAUGUGUUGUUACACGCUUUAAUUUGCUGUCCACAUGUUUACGUUGGGAUGCAAUUGACAUUUUUGCUCUAAAGAGCCGCGACAAAAGCCGGCAAAGUCAUAUGCGCUGUGUCACAGCAAAACAACAAAAAAGUAACAGUGACAAUACAAUGCACACUGCAAGCAAGUUCCAGCCAAUUUCCAUGUCAAACAUCCCAUUGCUCAGUAGCUCCAUUUGUACGUGUGAAUUGUAGACCAAGCACCCUGCGAAGCGCACAGAAAGGUUCACACACAUACCUUCACACACUGUUACCGGGUGCCAUCGCAGUUCAAUUCCGGUUGCCGAGCCUUUUCACCCCUUUGCUCUGUCUUCAAAUGGAAAUGAUUUCUAUUGGCCCAAGGUGUCCAUGUAAAUAGGUGUAAAUGAAACCAGAUUAUGCCUUUCUCCCAGCCCCCCUCCUCCCAAGGCGAUUGUCAUGUGAUAGCAAAGAAGUGGCACAUUAAUGAAGCGCCUCUACAGGGGUCUUUUCUGCCCAUGUCGACACAUAAAACUAUCAGAUGGUUUGAGGAAGGACAUGGAUGCAGCCACUUAGCUCAUCUUAUCAGGAAAGAGAGAGAGAGAGAGGACGUAGUCCAUUCAAGCUGGCCUGGGAAGAAGGAAGUCCUUACUUCUGUCUUCAGAUCACAAAAGUGAACUUGUUUUUAUCGGUCGCGUCUCGGCAGUUCCUUCACAUAAACUGUGGAUCGCGCAUCACGCUGAACUUUCUCUGAAACUUGGACGGGCUGCAUAUACGGUAAAGUCUCCAAUAGCCUGCUUGUAUUUUAUUUAAUGCGCUUUUGAAGAAUUGUGGACACGUAAAUACAUUUCAAGGCUUUGCGCAACACAAUUUGUGCAAGGAUGCCCAGACCCGGGAGAAACACCUAUAGCGAUCAGAAACCUCCAUAUUCUUACAUUUCUCUCACCGCCAUGGCUAUUCAGAGCUGUCCGGAGAAGAUGCUUCCACUAAGCGAAAUUUACAAGUUUAUUAUGGACCGCUUUCCGUACUACCGAGAGAACACCCAACGCUGGCAAAACUCCCUGCGCCACAACCUGUCCUUCAACGACUGCUUUAUCAAAAUCCCCCGCCGCCCGGACCAGCCGGGCAAGGGCAGCUUCUGGGCUCUCCACCCCAGCUGCGGCGACAUGUUUGAGAACGGAAGUUUCCUGAGACGCCGCAAACGCUUCAAAGUCAUGAUAUCCGACCACCUGGCACCCAGCAAGCCAUCGGACGCUGCCCACUAUCUCCAGCAGCAAGCCAAGCUCAGGCUCAGCGCCCUGGCAGCGACGGGCACCCAUCUCCCCCAGAUGUCCAGCUACAACUUAGGAGUGACCCAGCCGUCCACGUUCAAGCAUCCCUUCGCAAUCGAGAACAUCAUCGCCCGAGAGUACAAAGUGCCAGGGGGACUGGCCUUCUCCACCAUGCAGUCCAUGUCCGCCGGGUAUCCUCUGCACAACCAGCUGACCACGGCUUGGCCACAUAUGUACAGUACAAGUGUGAUCGACAGCGCGGCCCCCAUCUCCAUGGCCAGCGGUGAAUACAGUGCAUACGGCGUACCCAUCAAGUCUCUGUGCCACGGGGGACAAACCUUACCGGCGAUCCCUGUCCCGAUCAAACCGACCCCGGCGUCGGUGCCCGGCCUGUCGGCUUUGCCUCACCACAUCCCUGCUUUCCUAUCGAACUCUCCUCAGUCUCUGAGCCCGACGUCACCGCAGACAGCGACCAGCCAAAGCAGUCCUGCCACCCCGAGCGAGACCCUGACGGGUCCCUCAACACUCCAAUCGGUCGCUGUGCAUUGACAAUAACAGGUGUCUUUACCUGAGAACUGGGCCUUUUGGUCAACACCUACUCCAAAGCUGAAUUUUAAUGAUGGACCUUGAAAACGUAUGCCGAAAAACACUCGCUAUACAAUCAAGGCAAGAGCUUAUCUAUGUUGCAGUGAUGUUAAUUUAUGUGUAUGUGUUUCCAGUUUUAAAUGUUGCUUUUCGUCUGAUCACAUGGAUCAAACACGGAUAUAAUAUUGUAAGAUUGUCAGUGUUUUCCAAAAGAUCUAAGAGGUUUUACAUAUUCAGAUUUUAUGGGUUUAUUUUAUUAGUUGGCUGUUGGAAAAUUUCAAGCACUCUGCUUCAUGUUUGAAUUGCACAAGUGCUAGUCAUUUUACAGAACUAUUUAGGUUUUCUUUAGGUAACCGUUUUAGUUCAAUUUGAAGGAGAACCACAUUUUAAAAAAUGUGCUGAAAUAAUAUUAAACUUGAUUUUAACAGUUGACAUCAUAAGUAAACUUCAGACAAUGUUCAGCUUGAAAUGCUAUUUUUUUGUUAGUUGUUAAUAGUUAUACUACUAACUUUUUUGACAACUAAACUCGUUUCAGUCUGCAUACCAAAUAUACAAGCCAACUUGAUCUAAAACACCCAGGCACACACACGUACAGUAUUUGCUACAAUGUCAAACUUGAAAAGGAAAAAAAGAUUUAAAUAAUAGGGUCAUCACUUUUAUGGCGAAGCAAAUAUGUAAAUAAUUGCAAAUAAGUGAUAUUGAAUUGUGUAAAAUGCACUUUUUAGUUAGAUGUUUUACAUUAUAUUUUGCAGGAAAUGUUUUGUGAGCAUUUAAUUUAAAGCCGUGGUGACCAUGUGUAUUAAAUGCCGUACAUUUGUACUUUUUGUUCAGAUACAAAGCAUGCCUUUUUCAGACUUUGUGUUGUUUUGCUGCAAGCAUGCGUGCUUUUAAAAGAUGUACAAAACGUCUGCAUUAAAUUAUAAACUUGGUCAUCAGAAUAUUUUUUCAUUAAAAUUGUGUAAACUUAUAAAUGUUUUCCUGUAUAUUCUUUUUAAAUCGCAU